AUGGAAUCAGGGUCGUCAUCCUCCAACCAAGACCCUCGCUUCGAGUUCAUAGGAUCAUACGCAGUGAAAUCACUGAAACUAAAACCAGAAAAAUGGCUGCGAGUGUUAGGCUUGGAGGAACACAGGUCCACUUUAAAGGAUUUCCUGGACAAACCAUGGCCGAUUCUUCUUGUAGUGGUAUUGACACACGCGAACCAAUUAAUGCCGGUGGUGUCGUUCCCAUGCUACUUGAAGAACAAAGCGGUUUACUUCGUGAAGAAGAAACCGGAUGUAGUACCGAAGGAACAUUGCGCCGAGAUGCUUGUAUUUGGCGACUUAGCACCAAGGUUGAUAGAUGAGCUGGCAUCGUUGGUAGAUGAGGUGUUUGUUCCUUUGCUGUCUAACCCUCUGAACCAUGAAGGAUGGCCGCUAGUAGUCUCACAAGAUAUUUUAAAACAGAUCCACAAUCUAAAAAGCACUGUUUAUGAGGUAAAAGGGAAAGUAAACGGUCAAACCGUUCUUCCAAUGCCCGUCGGAGUGGAAUUGGUACACGAUGCGGAGAAACAAUUGCAUAAAGGUGUGGAAGUUGAUCUCUACCUGAAGAGUGCCAUCGAAGGUGUCGUCAUCAAGUGGGCACAGCAAAUCAAUGACGUCAUGAUGGACGAUCCCACACAAGCAUUCGAAAAUGGACAAAAUCCAUUACCAAGAGUUGAAUUAUCAUUUUGGCGGUCUAGAUUGAGUAAUCUGAAUUAUAUUUACGACCAACUACGUACCGAGCGGGUCCGGUGUAUGGCAGUCAUCUUGGAGAAAACAACUUCUGCAUAUUACCCUUGCUUCAGCAGACUGUUUAAAAAUAUAGUAUCUGCUUUGGCAGAGGCAAGAGAAAUAGAUCUUUACUUACAUACAUUAGAAAAACACUUCCAAGCGUUAGAAGAUACUGAUUUCACGGAGUGUCAGCCUUUGUUUAGACCGCUGUUCCAUGUUAUUUGUAUGAUCUGGCGAGAUUCUAAGUAUUACUGUAGUUCUUCUAAGUUGAUGGUACUUCUUAAGGAGAUAUCCAAUCUACUGAUUUAUCAGGCUAAAAAAUGUUUGGAUCCAAGUACACUAUUUCAUAGCGAUAUUGAUGAAGCCACACAACGUAUUCAACAAACGAUAGACAUAUUGAAAAAGUUCCAGUGCACUUUUGAAUACUUCAAGGACAAUCUGCAUAAAUAUUUUGUCGAUAGAAGAGUGGUACCUUGGACUUUUCACCCUAACGUCGUCUUUGAAAGGCUCAAUAAAUUUCUAGAUCGACUUAAUACGAUUCAGUGGUUCUUCAAAACUGUACUAGAAUUUCAGAAACUUGAGAAGAUAGAAGUAGGUGGUAUGAAGGGGAGAGUGUUGAGCUUACAAAUCCGUGAGAUAUCUGCAGAAUUUGAAGCUUUCUUUCAUAGUUUUGCAUCCAAAUCUUACGACGUAUUGGAACCGGAUGACGAAACUUUUAAUACCGACUUCAAAGAAUUCCAAGAUAACAUUGUCGAUCUAGAUUUGAAAUUAUCAACGGUCUUAGUGGAGUCGUUUGAUAAUUGCCCAACUUUAGAGGAUAUUUUCAAGCUUAUAGAUAUAGUGGGAUCUGUUUUAGAACGACCGUUAAUAAAGAAUGAAUUUACUGCAAAAUACGGAGAAAUUAUCGUAAUGCUGGAGAAAGAAAUUAUUAUUUGUGAAGAAUUAUUCACCGAGCAAACACAACGUCUGCAAAAAUAUGGGAUUAUGGAAGUAGACACGUUCCUCCCACCCAUUGCAGGGGGACUCCUGUUCAUGACCAUGCUGGCUGCGAGGAUCACCAAGCCCGUAGCCAGCUUUCGCAAUUUGCCGCACCCGAUUAAGGGUACGGAAGAAGCGAUCAAACUUUUCGAAAGGUACGAUAAACUUAUUAACGAUAUACAGGACUUCAAAAGAAAUUAUUUCAAUGAUUGGACCAUGAAUAUUCCUAAAAUUAUUGAGAGUAAAACUAAAAAUUCUAUCAUUGCAAGACAAGGGUCGGACCUCAUUUUAAAUUUUAGUCCAAUGCUUUUAGAUAUUUUAAAAGAAGUGCAUCAUCUACGAAAUAAUCCUGAUGUACAAGAAGGACUACCGAAAGAAAGUUUAAUUUUAUUUGAAAAACAAGAAACAUUCAGACAAUAUAGAAUCAACUUGGGGAUAACUAUUGAUUGGUAUAAUCAAAUUCGAAAAAAUAGUCAAAAAGUUGAAUUCGAUCUUGUUGAAGACGAAAUAAAAGCUAUUGAUGAAAGGAUAGCAUUGGCUCAAAAUGAGUUAAAUUGGAAUUCAGAUGAUUUAUGGAAGCAGUUGCAAGAACUGCACACGCUAGUAGGAAAUUUGUUUGAACGAAUGUCAAAGAUUCAAGACAAUUUAAAAGAAAUUAAAGCUGUGAUGAGAGAAUGGGCUACUCAGCCAUUGUUCGAAAGAAAAGAAGGGAAAAAAGAUACUCUUUUAAACUUAGAUGACAGAGCGGAAAAAAAGAAUCAUCGUUACUCUGAUAUUAAAAAUUCAGCAGAACGUAUUGAGACCUUAUUGAAAGAGAAUAUGGAGUUAUUCAAUAUGCAAGAAAACCAAGACAGUGAAAUUUGGAGAAAUUAUGUGUCUUUCAUUGACAAUUUGAUGGAGGAGUCUUUGUUUAAAUGUAUUGGUUGCAGCUUGGGAUAUAUAGUAGAACAUAUGAAUCCUAAAAAUAAUUUAGCACCAUUAUUUCAAGCACAAUUGGAAUUACUUGAGCCCGAUAUGGUGUUUUCUCCAACAUUGGAUCCAAAUGAUGAAAAAGGUUUUACUGCAUUAAUCAAAGGAAUCAUUGACGAUAUAUUGAUGAUGUCUAAGUUAGUUAAAAGAAUCGAUACAAAAAAAGGAGAAACUUAUGAAGAAGAAAUCAUUAACAGUGAAGACAUUAUUGAAAUGAAAGAGGAAAUUUUAAGUGGGAUUGAAAAGGUUAUUGAAGAAGCAAAUGAAUUUUGUAAAACUUUUGAAAAUUUUGCCUAUCUUUGGCUAGAAGAAAGAGAUGCAAUAAUGGAAAUAUUCUUGACUUAUGGAAGAAUAUUACAACCUGAAGAAAUUGACCGCAUUGGAUCUGAAGAUAAAGACCUUCCACCGCCAACGCCGUGUCCUCCAAAAAUGGAAGCGUUCAGAGAGCAGAUAGAUCAUUUUGAGAACCUGUUUAUGGAUAUUGAGGAUAUGGACUCUUAUAAAGUAUUCAAUUGUUGGUUUCAGGUGGAUGUAAGACCAUUCCUACAUGCUUUACUUAAUACUGUGAGAAAGUGGGGUAAUAUGUAUAAAGAACAUUUAGUAGAAAAUGUAACUACGAGUCUCAGCGAUUUAGCUGACUUUAUACGAAAAGCAGAUGAAGGUUUGAUGCAACCAGUACCUGAAGGUGAUUACGGGGCGUUAAUAAAUGUCAUGGGAUAUUUGAUGAAUGUGAAGGAACGUGCUUUGACUACUGAUGAGAUGUUUCAACCUCUUACUGAAACUAUAGAACUAUUAAAGUUUUACGAUAUGGAUAUACCGGAAGAAGUUAAUGUUUUGCUCCAGGAGUUACCAGAACAAUGGCAAGCCACUAAAAAGCUCGCCCUCACAGUGAAGCAACAGGUAGCUCCUCUGCAAGCUGCUGAAGUGAGUGGUAUUAGAAAAAAAAUCGCUACAUUCGAUGCUCACGUCACAUAUUAUAGAGAAGUGUUUAAAAGAUAUGAGUUCUUUAAGUAUGACUGCGAGAAUCCAUACGAGGUCAUGACGAGAGUAGACCGUGAGAUGUUAUAUUUGGAAGAAGAAAUGAAAAAUAUACAAGAAUCAGGAUCAUUAUUUGAAGUUAACGUACCAGAAUUUAAACUGUUGAAGCAAUGUAGGAAAGAACUGAGAAUGUUAAAGCAACUUUGGGAUUAUGUAUACAUAGUCCGAACAAGUAUUGAGGAUUGGAAGACCACACCUUGGCGUAAGAUAGAUGUUGAAAAUAUGGAUAUAGAAUGCAAAAAAUUCGCAAAGGAAAUUCGAUUGCUUGACAAGGAAAUGAGAAGUUGGGACACUUAUAUCAGUUUAGAAGCAACAGUAAAGAAUAUGCUUACAUCUUUAAGAGCAGUAGGUGAACUGCAAAAUCCCGCAAUUAGAGAACGUCACUGGGAUCAAUUGAUGAGGACCACAAAGAGUUUAGCUGCAUUGCCACCUGAGCUCACUGUUAGAAUCGUGAUGGAUCUUAACACCACUCUUGCCGAUUUGUUAGCGUUAAAUUUACAUGAGUGUGAAGAGGAAGUUAAAAACAUAGUAGACAAGGCUGUUAAAGAAAUGUCUAUGGAAAAAAUUCUCAAAGAUCUUGAUACCACAUGGAAAGGACUUGAAUUCGAACAAGAGAUCCAUUCGAGAACUGGUUGUGUUUUACUUAGAGCCAGCGAAGAACUUAUAGAAACUUUGGAAGAAAACCAGGUGCAACUACAAAAUUUAAUAACAUCCAAAUUCAUAGCUCAUUUCUUAGAGGAAGUGUCUGCAUGGCAACAGAAACUUUCAAUAGCAGAUCAAGUAAUAACAGUAUGGUUUGAAGUACAACGUACGUGGACACAUUUAGAAAGUAUCUUCAUGAGCUCAGAAGACAUUAGGAAACAGUUACCAGAAGACUCGGCGAGAUUUGAUAGAAUUGAUUCAGCUUUUAAGAUUUUAUCAACGGAAAUGUCAAAAACACCGAAUGUCGUGAAGGGGACUAAUAAAGAGGGGUUGAUCGAAAAGUUGGAUUUAUUACAAAAAGAUUUGAUUAUUUGCGAGAAAGCUUUGGCGGAAUAUUUAGAAACUAAGCGUCUAGCCUUCCCAAGAUUUUACUUUGUGUCCUCAGCAGAUCUACUUGACAUACUUUCUAAUGGCAAUCAAGCUGAUCUUGUGAUAAGGCAUCUAACUAAGCUGUUUGAUUCUAUAGCAAAACUCAAAUUUACUGAAAGUGAAAAUCCAGAAGAAAAAGUAUCAUUAGGUAUGAUAGCUAAAGAUGGUGAGUACGUUCCUUUUCAUGGGACUGCUGAUUGUACCGGUGCCGUGGAAAUUUGGUUAAACAGAAUUCAAGAUAUUAUGAGAUCCACUAUUCGUCAAUAUUUUGGAGAAGCUAUCGUUUCUUACGAAGAGAAACCAAGAGAACAAUGGUUGUUCGAUUUCAUGGCUCAAGUUUCACUGUGCGGUUCACAAAUUUGGUGGACAACCGAAGUGAAUAUGGCUUUUUCGAGAUUAGAAGAGGGAUAUGAUAAUGCCCUGAAAGAUUAUUAUAAAAAACAGCUAAACCAACUUAGUACACUAAUCACUCUUUUAAUAGGGGAACUCAGUAAGCAAGAUCGUCAAAAAAUUAUGACUAUUUGUACGAUAGAUGUACAUUCAAGAGAUGUGGUCAGUAAAUUAAUUCAAGCGAAAGUAGAAGCUGGAUCUGCAUUUCAAUGGCAGUCACAACUCAGACACAGAUGGGAUGAAGGAGAGUUUCAUUGUUUUGCUAAUAUUUGCGAUGCUCAAUUUAAAUAUAGCUAUGAAUAUUUGGGUAACACUCCUCGGCUAGUUAUUACACCAUUGACAGAUAGAUGUUAUAUUACAUUGACACAGUCCUUGCAUUUAAUAAUGGGCGGUGGUCCUGCUGGACCUGCAGGUACUGGUAAAACAGAAACGACUAAAGAUUUGGGACGAGCUUUGGGUAUUAUGGUGUACGUCUUCAAUUGUUCGGAACAAAUGGACUAUCAGUCAUGCGGCAACAUUUACAAAGGCUUAGCGCAAACUGGUGCUUGGGGGUGCUUCGAUGAAUUUAAUCGUAUAUCCGUUGAAGUAUUAUCCGUAGUAGCUGUUCAAGUAAAAUCUGUACAAGAUGCGAUAAGGGAUAAAAAGGAAAAAUUCAACUUUAUGGGUGAAAUAAUUGUAUUGGUGCCUAGUGUCGGUAUUUUCAUUACAAUGAAUCCAGGCUACGCUGGCAGAACGGAAUUGCCGGAAAAUUUAAAAGCCUUAUUUCGACCUUGCGCUAUGGUUGUCCCAGAUUUCGAAUUGAUCUGUGAAAUUAUGUUAGUAGCGGAAGGUUUUCAAGAAGCUAAGAUUUUGGCUAGAAAGUUUAUUACACUGUACACUUUAUGUAAAGAGUUACUCUCAAAACAAGAUCAUUAUGAUUGGGGAUUGAGAGCUAUUAAAUCUGUUCUUGUAGUUGCGGGUUCUUUGAAGCGAGGAGAUCCGGGUAGACCCGAAGAAGAAGUACUCAUGCGAACCCUUCGAGAUUUCAAUAUACCUAAAAUUGUAACAGAUGAUAUGCCUGUAUUCAUGGGUCUUAUUGGUGACUUGUUUCCUGCUCUAGAAGUGCCACGUAAAAGAGAUCUAGAUUUUGAGAAAACAGUAAAACAAGCCGCUAUGGAUUUAUUAUUGCAACCUGAAGACAAUUUUAUUUUAAAAGUAGUUCAACUAGAGGAACUAUUAGAGGUUCGACACUCGGUGUUUAUUGUAGGAAAUGCUGGCACAGGCAAAACUCAAGUGUGGAAGACAUUAUUUAAAACCUAUCAAAAUUUGAGAAAAAAGCCAAUUUAUAAUGACUUAAAUCCUAAAGCUGUAACCAAUGAUGAAUUAUUUGGAAUCAUUAAUCCUGCGACUCGUGAAUGGAAAGAUGGACUUUUCUCAGUCAUAAUGAGAGAUCAAGCAAAUUUAGUCGGAGAAAAUCCUAAAUGGAUAAUCCUAGAUGGGGAUAUAGACCCUAUGUGGAUUGAGUCUCUAAACACUGUAAUGGAUGAUAAUAAAAUAUUAACUUUGGCUAGUAACGAAAGAAUUGCUCUAACACCGACAAUGAGACUUAUGUUUGAAAUAUCCAAUCUUCGUACGGCCACACCUGCUACUGUAUCUAGAGCUGGUAUUUUAUAUAUUAAUGCUCAAGAUUUAGGUUGGAAUCCGUACGUCACAAGUUGGAUUGAAACUAGAAAAAUUCCAGCAGAGAAGUCAAAUCUAGUCAAUCUUUUUGACAAAUAUAUUCCCUCGUGUCUUGAAACAAUAAGAACUAGGUUCAAAAAAAUUACCCCAAUCGCAGAGAUGGCGCAUAUUCAGAUGUUAUGCCAUUUACUAGAUUGUCUAUUAGUACCUGAAAAUAUACCAGCAGAAUGUCCAAAGGAAUGGUACGAUAUAUUCUUUGUAUUUGCUUGUGUAUGGGCGUUUGGAUCUGCUAUGUUUCAGGACACUGGUAUUGAUUAUAGAGUCGAAUUCACUAAAUGGUGGGUAAAUGAAUUUAAAACAAUUAAAUUUCCACCCGGAGGUACUGUUUUUGAUUUCUACAUAGAUCAUGACACGAAACAAUUUACACCAUGGACUGAAAAGAUACCUAAAUUUGAGUUAGAUACUGAUAUACCUUUGCAGGCAAUAUUAGUUCCUACUGCAGAAACAAUAAGAAUAAGAUUCUUUUUGGACCUGCUUAUGAAAAAUAAACAUCCAGUUAUGCUUGUCGGAGGUGCAGGAUGCGGUAAAACAGUUUUAGUUAAUGAAAAAUUACAGAGUCUUUCUGAAAACUAUGCAAUUCAAUCUGUUCCUUUUAAUUUCUAUACAACAUCGGAAAUGUUGCAAAAGAUUUUAGAGAAGCCUCUGGAGAAGAAAGCUGGACGAAACUAUGGUCCCCCAGGAAAUAAGACUCUCAUUUACUUUAUAGACGAUAUGAAUAUGCCUGAAGUCGACGCUUAUGGGACUGUUCAACCUCACACUAUCAUAAGACAGCAUUUAGAUUACAAUCACUGGUAUGAUCGCACCAAACUAUCUCUGAAAGAUAUACAUAAUACCCAAUACGUUUCUUGUAUGAAUCCAACUUCUGGUAGUUUCACCAUCAAUCCUAGACUUCAGCGCCACUUCUGUGUAUUUGCUAUAAGUUUUCCGAAUAACGAAGCAUUGAAUAAUAUUUACCAUUCUAUAUUGAGUCAGCAUUUGAUGAAUCCAGAACUUAGGAUCAACCCUCAAAUAACUAAGUUGUCGCUUAAUAUUGUUACUGCGACGAUGACCUUGCAUAAUAAAGUAUCGCAAGUAUUUCUUCCAACUGCUAUAAAAUUUCAUUAUAUUUUCAACCUCAGGGACUUGUCUAACGUAUUUCAGGGUUUCUUAUUCAGUACAAAUGAAUGUUUGGUGAAUCCUUCUGAUAUUAUGCGCCUCUGGUUACAUGAAACUCAUCGCGUAUAUGGCGACAAGCUUACCGAAGACAAAGAUAUUGAUGCCUUUUUAAAAAUGCAAGUCGACAUUUGCAAGAAGACAUUUGAGGAAAUAGAUGAAGGUGCUGUUUUCGAAAAACCAAACAUCUAUUGCCAUUUUGCCGGUGGUAUAGGAGAACCUAAAUAUAUGCCUAUUGAGACUUGGGAACAAUUGAAUAAACUUCUAACUGAAGCUAUGGCAAGUUACAACGAUCUUAUAGCUGCUAUGAAUUUGGUGCUAUUCGAAGAUGCUAUGAUGCAUAUCUGUAGAAUCAACCGUAUUCUGGAGAGUCCAAGAGGUAGUGCUCUUUUAGUCGGCGUUGGUGGUUCGGGAAAACAAUCUCUAUCUCGAUUAGCAGCUUUUAUAUCUGGUUUAGAGGUUUUACAAAUACAACUAAAGAAAGGCUACGGUGUGACUGAUCUCAAGAAUGAACUUAACGGUUUGUAUAUCAAGACUGGUCUCAAGAAUGUUGGCAUUAUGUUUUUGAUGACAGAUGCCCAGGUAGCUAACGAACAAUUUUUAGUACUUAUUAACGAUCUUUUGGCAUCUGGGGAGGUAGCGGACUUGUUUCCUGACGAUGAAAUUGAAAAUAUAAUAGGCGGAGUGAGGAACGAGGUUAAAGGUGCUGGUUUACCUGAUACGAGGGAAGUCUGUUGGAAGUUUUUUAUUGAUAGAGUAAGGAAGCAGUUAAAAGUUGUAUUAUGCUUUUCUCCAGUUGGCUCUACUUUGAGAGUGAGAUCUCGAAAAUUCCCCGCAUUGAUCAAUUGCACUUCUAUCAAUUGGUUCCACGAAUGGCCACAAGAAGCACUUGUAUCCGUGGCCAUGAAUUUCUUGGAAGAAUUGCAUGUUUUACCAGUUGCUUUAAAAGAUUCUGUGGCAAGAUUUAUGGCGUAUGUUCAUACUUCUGUAAAUACAAUAUCUAAAGCUUAUCUUGCCAAUGAAAGAAGGUAUAACUAUACAACGCCAAAGAGUUACUUGGAACAGAUUAGUUUGUAUGCAAAACUUAUAAACAACAAAACAAGUGAACUCCAAGCCAAAAUUGUUAGGUUGGAGAAUGGCUUAGAAAAGCUACGAUCCACAGCAGUUCAAGUAGACGAUCUUAAAGCUAAACUGGCUGUCCAGGAGAUAGAAUUACAACAAAAAAAUGAAGCCGCAGAUAAACUCAUUGAAAUGGUUGGUGUAGAGACUGCCAAAGUUCAAAGUGAAAAGGCCUUAGCUGAUGAAGAAGAAGAAAAGGUAGCAGUUAUAACCGAAGAAGUAUCUAAGAAACAAAAGGAUUGCGAGGAAGAUCUUAUUAAGGCUGAACCAGCUCUGAUUGCUGCUCAAGAAGCAUUGAAUACCCUGAACAAAGCCAAUCUUACUGAACUAAAGUCUUUUGGAUCACCACCUGGUGCGGUAACUAAUGUGACUGCUGCGGUUAUGGUACUAAUGGCGCCAGGUGGGAAAAUACCGAAAGAUAGAAGUUGGAAGGCAGCUAAGAUUGUAAUGGCGAAAGUGGAUGUUUUUUUGGAGUCUCUUAUUAAUUAUGACAAAGAAAAUAUCCACCCUGAUGUAAUUAAAGCUAUACAACCAUAUUUAAAGGAUUCCGAAUUUGAACCAGAGUUUGUUAGAUCAAAAUCUGCUGCAGCUGCUGGUCUCUGUGCUUGGGUGAUAAAUAUAAUCAAAUUUUAUGAAGUAUUUUGUGACGUAGAACCAAAACGAAAAGCGUUACAAGCUGCUAAUGCCGAGUUAGCUGCAGCUGUGGAAAAGCUAAAGUCCAUCAAAGCCAAAGUAGCUUCCUUGGAAGAAUUAUUGGCAACUUUGACGGCAGACUUUGAAAAAGCCACGUCGGAGAAAAUGAAGUGUCAGCAAGAAGCUGACGCCACAAAUCAGACUAUUCAACUUGCCAAUAGAUUGGUGAAUGGCUUAGCCAGUGAAAACGUGCGUUGGGCCGAAUCUGUUGCUAGUUUCAUGCAGCAGAACACUACAUUGCCAGGCGAUGUGCUUUUAGUGUGUGCGUUUAUAUCAUACGUGGGAUGUUUUACUAAACAAUAUAGAUUGGACCUUAUGCACAAACAGUGGCUUAUGUUUUUAAAGACUCUGGAGCCACCUAUACCCAUAACGGAUGGUUUAGAUCCUCUUACGAUGUUAACUGAUGAUACAUGUAUAGCUAUGUGGCAAAACGAAGGAUUACCAUCUGACCGUAUGAGCACUGAAAAUGCCACAAUUUUAUCGAAUUCAGAUCGAUGGCCCUUGAUGAUUGACCCUCAGUUACAAGGAGUGAAAUGGAUCAAACAAAAAUACGGAGACCAACUGCAAGUGAUACGUCUAGGUUCAAAGGGUUAUUUGGAAGCUAUAGAGAAAGCUAUUAUUAAAGGAACCACAGUUCUUUUCGAGAAUAUUGGAGAAACUGUUGAUCCAGUGCUUGAUCCAUUGUUAGGGCGAAAUCUUAUAAAGAAAGGAAAAGCAAUCAAGAUCGGAGAUAAAGAAGUAGAAUACAGUUCAAACUUUAGACUCAUCUUACAUACAAAAUUGGCUAACCCACAUUACAAACCAGAAAUGCAAGCGCAAACAACAUUAGUCAAUUUUACUGUCACACGAGAUGGUUUAGAAGAUCAGCUACUAGCAGAAGUAGUGAAAGCUGAAAGACCUGAUCUUGAAGACUUGAAAGCGGAACUAACGAAACAACAAAACGAGUUUAAGAUUCAGUUAAAGAAAUUAGAAGAUAAUUUACUUUCCAGAUUAUCUUCAGCAGGAGAGAAUAUAUUAGGUGAUACAGCACUGGUCGAAAAUUUAGAGACUACUAAAAAGACUGCAGCUGAUAUCGAAAGAAAGGUGGCUGAAGCUAAAAUAACAUCUCAACAAAUCGACAAAGCUCGAGAAUUUUAUAGGCCAGCAGCAGCCAGAGCGUCUUUAUUAUACUUUAUUCUGAAUGACUUAAAUACAAUAAACCCUAUAUAUCAAUUCUCCCUUAAGGCGUUCAGCGUUGUGUUUCAAAAAGCUAUUUCUAGAGCUGUACCGGCAGAUGAAAUACUUCUAAUGAGUGAGGAGAUAUCACCCGUUGAAUUAGAUUUUUUUCUCCGGUUCCCAGUAAAGCCUCAUGUCACUAGCCCUGUUGAUUUCCUUUCCAAUCAUAGCUGGGGUGGUAUUUGUUCACUAGCUAGUAAAGAUGAAUUCAGGAACUUGGACCGAGAUAUAGAAACUUCUCCUAAGAGAUGGAAGAAAAUAGUAGAAAUGGAGUGUCCAGAAAGAGAAAAAUUUCCUCAGGAAUGGAAAAAUAAAACUGCUUUGCAAAGAUUGUGCAUGCUAAGAGCUUUACGACCAGACCGAAUGACAUAUGCAGUAGCAGCCUAUAUCGAAGAAAAAAUGGGUUCAAAAUAUGUGGAGAAUAGAACUGUAGAAUUUAGUAAGUCUUUUGAGGAGACGAGUCCAACCACACCAAUAUUCUUCAUACUAUCUCCUGGGGUGAAUCCUUUGAAAGAUGUGGAAUCAUUAGGUAAAGUUAUGGGUUUCACUUCGGACAAUGGUAAUUUCCACAAUGUAUCUUUGGGUCAGGGACAAGAGAUUGUGGCCGAACAGGCAAUGGAUGUUGCUCUUGUUCAAGGGCACUGGGUGGUAUUACAGAAUAUUCAUUUAGUAAAGAAAUGGCUACCCAGUUUGGAGAAAAAAAUGGAAGCCUUCGCCAAUGGGUGUCACGAACAAUUUCGGUUGUUUAUGUCAGCAGAGCCGGCAGCUACUCCUGCUGCGCAUAUUAUACCACAAGGUAUUCUGGAAUCGAGCAUUAAAAUCACCAAUGAACCACCUACUGGCAUGCAGGCAAAUAUUCACAAAGCGCUUGAUAAUUUUAACCAAGAAACACUCGAGAUGUGUGGAAAGGAAGCUGAAUUUAAAGCUAUUCUGUUUGCAUUGUGUUACUUUCAUGCUGUCGUAGCUGAAAGAAGAAAAUUCGGACCGCAAGGUUGGAAUAAAAUUUAUCCAUUCAACGUUGGUGAUCUAACAAUAAGCGUGUUUGUGUUGUACAACUAUUUAGAAGCAAAUUCUAGAGUACCUUGGGAAGAUCUUAGGUAUCUCUUUGGAGAAAUAAUGUACGGAGGUCACAUUACUGACGACUGGGACCGUAGAUUGUGUAACGCUUAUUUAGAAGAAUUGAUGCAACCUGAUCUUGUGGAUGGUGAACUGCAGUUAGCACCUGGAUUUCCUGCACCACCAAAUACUGAUUAUUGUGGUUAUCAUCAAUAUAUUGAAGACGCAAUGCCACCGGAGUCGCCAUAUUUAUAUGGUCUGCAUCCUAAUGCUGAAAUAGGAUUCCUCACUACUACUUCUGAAAACCUUUUUAGAACUAUAUUUGAGAUGCAACCGAGAGACGCUCAGGCAUCUGGUGCUGCUACUGUAACCAGGGAGGACAAGGUAAAGCAAAUGGUUGAUGAAAUAAUGGAGAAGUUGCCAGAGGAAUUCAAUAUGGUAGAGAUAAUGGGGAAAGUUGAGGAGCGGACGCCAUAUGUGAUCGUGGCUUUUCAAGAAUGUGAGCGAAUGAAUUAUUUGACUGGGGAGAUGAAGAGAUCACUUCGAGAACUCGAUUUAGGGCUUAAGGGUGAACUAACCAUCACUUCUGACAUGGAAGAAUUGGAGAAUGCUUUAUUUUUAGAUCAAGUGCCUGUUAUUUGGUCUAGCAGAGCGUAUCCAUCAUUGCUGGGUCUAUCAGCUUGGUUUGUAGACUUGCUACUCAGGCUAAGAGAGUUGGAGACGUGGGCCACUGAUUUUGUUUUGCCCGCGUCAGUAUGGUUAGCUGGGUUUUUUAACCCUCAAAGUCUUUUGACCGCCAUAAUGCAAAGUACAGCUCGCCGAUAUGAAUUGCCAUUAGACAAAAUGUGUUUACAAUGUGAUGUAACUAAAAAAAUGAAGGAAGAGUUCACGAAUGCUCCGAAAGAUGGGGCUUUUGUUCAUGGUCUUCUAAUGGAAGGUGCUAGGUGGGACGUCCAAGCAGGGAUUAUCAUGGAUUCGAGGUUGAAAGACUUGUUCCCACCGAUGCCAGUCAUCAAUGUUCGGGCUAUCACCCAAGAUAAGCAGGACCUCCGGAAUAUGUACGAGUGUCCAGUGUACAAGACGCGUACGCGAGGCCCGACCUACGUGUGGACCUUCAAUCUGAAAACCAAAGACAAACCAGCCAAAUGGACCCUGGCCGGUGUUGCCUUGCUGCUGCAGAUAUAGAUUAUGAAAGGCGUAAUUCUUUUGCUAUAUAGCAAUAAAAAAUAGAAUGCUAAUCAAUAAUAAUUCAUUCAUUUAUAUCUACUUAGUCGAAUUUGUGUAGUGUUAGCAUGGGUCAAAUCUUGCAUUCUAAAGAUUCACUUCACGUGUACGAUGGAGGAAACGAUUGCAUACAAUCGUGGGUUUAAAAUAUCAUCAUCAUCAGCCCUGUGACGUCCCCACUGGGCCAUGACACUUCACUUGGGCCCAAUGCGGAUUGGUAGAUAUUAACGACUGCAGACGCAGCCGGGACCAAAGGCUGAACGUGCUAAGCUUUUGGUGAAAUCAAAAGCUACCUUACAGUCACAAACAACUCCAAAAAUAAUCUAUGUAUUUAGGGCAAUUUUUUUUAAGGUGAUCGUUUUUUAUUUCCAAUUUCCACAAUAGAAAUACUUCCUUUAGUUUUAAGUUUUUUACACAUUUAAUGUUGCUUCAUUAUAUUACGAUAUAUGUAUUUGUUUUUUUUUCCAAUAUAAAGAUGGGUGACGUAAAAAUAUCAUCUUAUC